CAUCUGACAUUUGUGAGAGUUCGGGAAGCUGCGCCAACUCGCCCUCGCUCUCUCUCUUUUCCCUUCUGCGACUCCAAACCUUCCUCCCUCGCCCUCUCUCCUCCGCCUUCUGCCGCCUCCGAUCUCAAAACUCACAACCUCCGUCGAGUUCAGAUCGAUCACCGACGCCUCCGCCUUCCAAAUCCCUACUUUCGCCUUCGCUCACUUUCAGCUCAAGAUCGAGGAAAUAGCACGGGUUUUGAUUGCCGAAUCGUAAGAGAAGAUGUUCGGUUCUUUUAAUCCUCGAGAUCAAGGAAAUAGCCCGGGUUUUGAAUGCCGAAUCGUAAGAGAAGAUGUUCAGUUCUUCUAAUCCUUUUGGGCAGGCGUCUAGCAGCCCGUUUGGGUCUCAAUCAGUAUUUGGGCAGACCAGCAGCACAAAUAACAAUCCUUUUGCCCCUAAGCCUUUUGGUAGCACAACCCCAUUUGGUGCGCAAACAGGGAGUAACAUGUUUGGAGGAACUUCAACUGGUGUAUUUGGCGCAACUCAAGCUUCUUCACCUUUUCCUUCCUCCACAACCUUUGGUGCUGCGUCCUCACCAGCUUUUGGAAAUACAACGCCUGCUUUUGGAGCAACUUCUAGUCCUUCACCAUCACCUUUUGUUGGUUCAUCUGGGUUUGGUCAGAAGCCUGUGUUUGGAGCAUUUGGGUCCAAUCCUGUUCAAACAAGUCCUUUUGGAUGUACAACACAACCAUCACAGCCAGCAUUUGGGAGCAGUAUAUUUGGUUCCUCCACGCCAUUUGGUGGAUCAAGUCAGCCAGCAUUUGGUGCUACCACCACCCCAGCUUUUGGUGCUACAAGCACCCCAGCAUUUGGUGCUACAAGUAGUCCAGCCCUUGGUGCUACCACCACCCCAGCCUUUGCAUCUACAAGUAGCUCGGCCUUUGGGUCCACAACAAGUCCUACAUUUGGAAGCACAGGAGCUGCAUUUGGGGUGUCAAGUUCUCCUUUGUUUGGAUUUGGGGAAGCACUUGGAGCUUCAAGCACUCCGGCCUUUAGUUCAUCUAGCUCGACCUUUGGUACUUCAAGCACCCUAGCGUUUGGUGCUACAAGUAGUCCAGCCUUUGGUGCGACCACCACCCCAGCAUUUGGUGCUACCACCACCUUUGCGUUUGGUGCUACAAGCACCCCAGCGUUUGAUGCUACAAGUAGUCCAGCCUUUGGUGCUACCACCACCCCAGCAUUUAGAGCUACAAGUAGCCCAGCCUUUGGUUCCACAACAAGUCUUGGAAGCACAGGAGCUGCAUUUGGGGUGUCAAGUUCUCCCUUGUUUGGAUCUGGGGGAGCAUUUGGGGCUUCAAGCACUUCGGCUUUUGGUUCAUCUAGCUCGAACUUUGGUACUUCAAGCACCCCAGCGUUUGGUGCUACAAGUAGUCCAGCCUUUAGUGCUACAAGUAGUCCAGCCUUUGGUGCUACUACCAUCCCAGCAUUUGGUGCUACCACCAUCCCAGUAUUUGGUGCUACCACCACCCCAGCUAUUGGUGCUACAAGCACCCCAGCGUUUGGUGCUACAAGCACCCUAGUGUUUGGUGCUACAAGUAGUCCCGCCUUUGGUGCCACCACUACCCCAACGUUUGGUGCUACCACCACCCCAGCUUUUGGUGCUACAAGCACCCCAGCCUUUGGAGCUACAAGUAGCCUGGCCUUAGGUUCCACAACAAGUCCUACAUUUGGAAGCACAGGAGCUGCAUUUGGGGUGUCAAGUUCUCCCUUGUUUGGAUAUGGGGGAGCAUUUGGGGCUUCAAGCACUUUGGCUUUUUGUUCAUCUAGCUCGACCUUUGGUACUUCAAGCACCCCAGCGUUUGGUGCUACAUGUAGUCCAGCCUUUGGUGCUACCACCACCCCAGCCUUUGGUGCUACAAGCACCCCAGCCUUUGGAGCUACAAGUAGCCUGGCCUUUGGUUCCACAACUAGUCCUACCUUUGGAAGCACAGGAGCUGCAUUUAGGGUGUCAAGUUCUCCCUUGUUUAGAUCUGGGGGAGCAUUUGAGGCUUCAAGCACUCCGGCUUUUGGUUCAUCUAGCUCGACCUUUGGUACUUCAAGCACCCCAGCAUUUGGUGCUACCACCACCCCAGCAUUUGGUGCUAUAAGCACCCCAGCAUUUAGUGCUACAAGUAGUCCAGCCUUUGGUGCCCCUGGUUUUGGUUCAUCCAGUACUCCAUCUUUCAGCUUUCCAUCCACUCCUAGCUUUGGCCAAUCAAGUUCUACAUUUGGUAGCAACCAAUUUGUCGCUUCAUCUAUUUUUGGAGAACAGGGUUCUCCAUUUGGAGCUCAAUCAACAACAUUUGGGAACAUUGGUGCCCUUGGGCAGUCAGCUUUUGGGGGCCAGCAACGUGAGGGCAGUAGAGUGGUUGCAUAUGCUGCAACUCCUGAACCCGAUUGUGGAACUGGGACUAGUGCUGCCGGGAAAUUGGAGUCAAUAUCAGCAAUGCCAGCAUAUAAAGAAAAAAGUCAUGAAGAACUCCGCUGGGAGGAUUAUCAAUUGGGGGAUAAGGGUGGUCCAGCUCCUGCUGGUGGGCGUGGGUUUGGCAUUACUACCUCACAGCCAAACCCUUUGAAUUCUGCACAUACAUUUCCUCAAGCAUCAAGUCAUUUUAAUGCCACAACUUCAUCUAAUUUGUUUGCUCCAAAAACUUCAUCCUUCACUAAUACAGGCUUCACAACAUCUACACCAUUCAGUUCAUCAAGUUUUGGGAUUUCUACUUCAACAAGUCCUUUUACACCAUCACAACCUUCUACAAUUUUCUCUAAAACCUCACCUCCGUCUCUUUUUAGUUCUUCAAGCUCUACAUUUUCAUUUUCUUAUCCGGCUGCGACAACAACUUCCACACUUAAUUCAAAUCCAUUCAAUCCCACACCUCCGGUUGCCCAGACAGGUGGUGCUUUUACCAGUCUAUUUGGGCAGAAUUCAACUCCUUUUUCUCAGCCAUUCAGUAACCCUUCCACUUGCUUUGGUUUGGCAAUCUUCUUUGGUGUUGGGGCUACAAGUAGUCGCAUGGGUUUAAGUCAACCAACUCCAACUUUUAUUUCUAUGCCUUUCUCAUCUCAGCCAGCUCAGAGUAGUGGUUUCAACUUCGACAUUUUUAAUCAAACUCAGUCAGGAGCUCAAUCAACAACAUUUGGGAACACUGGUGCCUUUGGGCAGUCAGCUUUUGGGGCUUCAAGCACUCCGACUUUUGGGUUAUCUAGCUCGACCUUUGGCACUUCAACCAAUCCAGCUUUUGGUGUUUUAAGUGCUCCUGGUUUUGGUUCAUCCAGUACUCCAUCUUUCAGCUUUACAUCAACUCCUGCCUUUGGCCAAUCAAGUUGUACAUUUGGUAGCAGUCAAUUUGUCGCUUCAGCUCCUUUUGGGGCACAGAGUUCCCCAUUUGGAGUUCAAUCAACAACAUUUGGGAACACUGGUGCCUUUGGGCAGUUAGCUUUUGGGGCUUCAAGCACUCCGGCUUUCGCUUCAUCUAGCUCGACCUUUGGUACUUCAACCAAUCCAGCUUUUGGUGCUUCAAGUGCUCCUGGUUUUGGUUCAUCCAGUACUCCAUCUUUCAGCUUUCCAUCAACUUCUGCCUUUGGCCAAUCAAGUUCUACAUUUGGUAGCAGUCAAUUUGCCUCUUCAUCUCCUUUUGGAGCACAGAGUUCUCCAUUUGGAGCUCAAUCAACAACAUUUGGGAACACUGGUGCCUUUGGGCAGUCAGCUUUUGGGGGCCAGCAAUGCGGAGGCAGUAGAGUGGUUGCAUAUGCUGCAACUCCUGAACCCGAUGGUGGAACUGGGACUAGUGCUGCUGGGAAAUUGGAGUCCAUAUCAGCAAUGCCAGCAUAUAAAGAAAAAAGUCAUGAGGAACUUCGCUGGGAGGAUUAUCAAUUGGGGGAUAAAGAAUUGCAGUAUUUCCACAAUUCUCUCUCGCCUGGCGUCUGUCCAUCAUCUUUUGGUCUGCAACUACAAGUCUACAACAACUCCAGCUCUGGUCUUAAGCCGUCUCCAACUCCGUCUCUAACUCUCAUCUGAUUGUACAAUUUGUGCAAGGUCUCUGGCAAAUACAAUCUCGCAUCCCCACGGUCUCCAGAUGACAGGCACUGCAUCAUUCGGAGCAUCUAAUGCAAUGUCGUCCUCCUCCUAAACCAAAAAUUUGUUGAAGCGUAGUUUGGAUGAUGUGGGAUGGGAGUAUGGGAUCUAGCAAAUCUUAUAAAACUCAGCUAAGGUGCAGUGUAAGUUGUGCAACGAAAUAAUUAGUUGUGGAGUGUAUAAAUUGAACCAACACAUAGCCAACAUAAAGGGAAAUGUAGCCGCGUUCACAAAGUCUUUGGAUGAGGAUAAAGUCAAAUGUUGAAGUGAGGGAAGAGGUUCAGCUUCAACAAAGUGAAGAGGAAGAAGACAUUGAUGUUGUUGGGUCAAGGAAAAGGUCGCACGCUCAUGGAUUAGGAUAGGGGAUCCACAAUCAAUCCCAAUUCUUCAAAAAAGCAAGAAGACGGGGCAACAAAACUUCCAUGAUGCAAUUUGGGAGGAUAAAGCUCAUCAAGCAUCAACUUUUGGCUCGAUGGGUGUAUAAAGCCAAAAGGCAUUUCCAUGCCAUUGAUGAUGAUAGUUUCAAACGCUUUGUGCAAGCAGUUGAUCAAUUUGGCUCGGGUUACCAACCUUCAAGCCAAUACGAUUUAAGAAAGCCUAUAUAUUGAAAGAAGAGGUAGAGAGUGAAAAAUUCACUCAAGAAGAAUGAAGAAGGGUGGGCUUUGAAUGGUUGCUUAAUUAUGACCGAUGGUUUGAGCGACCUGAAAAGGAGAAGCAUAUUGAAUUUGUAUCUUAAUUGCAAGGAAAGCACCAUAUUUCUUUCUUCCAAGGAAUGCCCUAGUGAACCUCUCACUGGAGAAUACAUCUUUGAAUAUGUUGACAAGUGUGUUGAAGAAAUUGGAAGUUAUUUCCCGAUAUAUGAUGUCCAAAACCAAGUGACAAAUGUUUGAGAUGCAUAAGUAUGACAAAAAGAUGAUGAAUUUGGAAGACAUUUGGCCGACAUUGGAUGCGUUGAGAAUGAUGACAACUAUAAUCCGGGUAUUAAUAUUCACAUAUGCUUGUAUUUUAUUUAUUAAAUUUGGCUAUGCUACUUAUUUUUCUUUACUAAUCGUGUUUAUUUUCCUUCUUUAGUUUAAUGUUGGUAUAUUUAUGGAAAUUGUAUACCUAAUUUGCAAAUGAUGGUUAUAAAGAUUCUCUCGUUGACUACAAGUUCA